AUGGGGAAGGAACCACCCUCCUCGACCGUGCACCCCAAACCCGACUCGAGCGACGAGGACGAGGACGAGCGACACGUCGCCGAACGUCGUACGAAGGAGGCGCCGUUACCGAGCGCGGCGGCGAAGGAGUCGGUGGUGAAGCGAGAGAAGCGAAAGCAAGAGGCCAGGCGCGCGCGCGACGGCGACUCUGCGAUCGAACGCGUCGUCGAGGGUGAGAGCACGCGAAGAUGUAAGCUGUGCGACGUCGUCAAGGCUUUGGACGCGUUUCCGCCGAGGCAGCUCAGAAAGGCGAGGUCGGCUUGCACAGCGUGUUGCGAGAAACAAAAAGAUGUGGACGCGCCAGCGCCGGAGCGUAAGCGCAAGAUGACGAAACGUGAAAAGCUCGCAGAGGCGAUCGAGGCUAGGAAGAAGCGAAAGGCGGAGCGAACGGCAGAGUUGGGCGAACCCUCGGAGGAGGUUCCGGAGAAGCGAGCCGCUCUUGAGGCGUCGGCCCCCGUUGCGGGCGAUGAUGCAGACAGUCGGGGCGGCGCAGCUUCGUCUUCGUCUUCGUCCUCAUCCUCGUCUUCGUCUUCGUCUUCGUCCUCAUCUUCAAAGAGGGAGAGCACGGAAGACGAAGUGGACUCCGAGCUGCGGUCCAGGCAAGUGUUCGUCGGCGGCAUCCCGUUCAAUAAGACUGCUGAGGAAAUUGAAGAGGCCUUUAUGGAUGACCAACUCACGGUCGAAAACGUGGAUUGUAUGACAUUUCCCGAUUCAGGUCGGUUCCGAGGCAUCGCCAUUGUCACAUUUGGCUCGGCGAACAUCGCUCGUGAGGCUCUGCGAUGGCACGAUACCGAGUGGGAUGGGAUGUCGCUCGUGGUGAAGCCUUACGCCCCCAAAGCACCGGCGUCGGCGAAGCUUAAGAGCGAUGUGAGGAAAAUCGAAGGCCAGUUUGUCGCGUUUGUCGCGAAUUUAGACUACAGCGUCACGGAGGAGAUGCUUAGAGAAACAUUUUCAGGCGAAAUCAAGGACGUUCGUAUGGGUAACGAUAAGGCGACGGGCGAUUUUAGGGGUUAUGCGCACGUGGAGUUCGCUACAGAUGAAGAUCUAGAGCGCGCUUUGCGCAAGAACGGCGAAGAGCUCAUCGGUGGACGGGCGAUGAAAGUGACGUACGCCACGGCGCGAAAGACAAAGGCCGGAGAUAAGCCCGAGCGCACAGACGCUCGAGGAAGACCGCGAUUUAAGGGAUCGGCACGUCGGCAGGCGAAGAAGAACUAG